AUGGAGGUUUUUAAGAAGACACUGGGCAGCCGUUUGCCUGGAAUGGAACUGGCGAAGUAUUUCCUGGCAGAGCUCCUCUCCGAACCCAACCAGCCGGAUAACGAGGCCCUGGGUUCCGAUGACGUGUCCCGCGGCGCCGAACAAGAUGAGGUCCGGCUGGAACUCGAGAGAUCCGCCAACCUGAACCCGGGCCUGACUCCUCGGGAGCGCAAAGCCGGAUGCAAAAAUUUCUUCUGGAAAACUUUCACUUCUUGUUAGCUUUCGAGAUCUCCUCUUCCCCCCUUCCGUCUCUCUCUCUCUCUCUCUCUCUCUCUCUCUCUCUCUCUCUCUUUCUCUCUCUCAUUU